AGCCUCCCCAGCGCUACAAAUACCGACGAUCUCCUCCACCUUCUGACCAUCGCCAGCCUUUGUCCACUCCACGUUCUCACUUGAGCCAGUUCCGCCAUUCAAGUGAAGGUUCACCCUGCUGCUCCCUGCUGGGUGGUCACUGCCAGUGGGGGCCCAGCUGCAAUACCAUCAUCUCUAGCAAUCCUUCUCAAGCCAUGCUGUCCCCACACUAGGUAGAUCUCAUGCCCAUAGCCUCUGGGAAAUAUCUUGAGGGUUUGCCCUGGAUUUGCCUAUGGCCUGGAUCUAGACAGAAUAAGCAUGCCCACCAGGUAUCGCACGCCCACCAGGUAUGGCAGUGACCUACCCUGGCAUUCUCAACACUGCUUGGAGCUUCUGUCUCACCUACUCCCACCCACUGCCUUAGGCCAGGGUCCCUCCAUGGUUUAUGAGUGAACCCACGGACACAUGGCAGCCAUUCCUGGUCUGUGGUCCAGCCAGGCAGAGAGGCAGGAGGUCCCCAGCAAAAGCUGGGGUAGGAAGUUUGGCACCUGCCAGAGUGCUGCUACCUCAUUUUCUCCACAACUACUUCCAACUAAUCCCACAAUUCUUUCCCACCCUCUGCCUAGACCACCACUGUUCCCCCCAGAGUGCCAUAGAACCCUCUAGAGAUUUCCCUGGGUCCACUGUCCCCAAAAGCCUAUGUCCUCAGACCCUUCCUUAUGGUUAGUCUCUUGAUUACUAUGACUGACUUAUGAAAUUUUAAAUUUUUUAAUUUUAUUUUGAGACAGUCUUACUCUGUAGCCCUAACUGACUUGGAACUCACUAUGUAGAUCAGGUUGGCCUCGAACUCACAGAAAUCUGCCCUUCUGCCUCCCAAGAGCAGGGAUUGAAGGUGUGUGCCAUCACACUCGGCCCUAUAUACUUUUUUAAAAUACAUAUGGAUGGUUGUUUUGCCUGCAUGUAUGUCUUCACCACAAGUGUGCCUAAAACUGGAGGGAGCAAGAAGAAGGGUCAGAGCUGGAACUGGAGUCACAGGCGGCUGUGAGCUGCCAGGGAUCAAUCCCAGGCCCUCUGGAAGAGCAGCCAGUGCUCUUUACAGCGGAACCAUCUUUUCAGCGCCACAACUGGCUUUUGUUCUGUUCUAUUUUUCCAGACAGGGUUUCUCUGUGUAGCUCUGGCUGUUCUGGAACUCGCUCUGUAGACCAGGCUGGGCUCAAACUCAGGCUUGCCUCUGCCUUCCGAGGGCUGUGAUCAAAGGUGUGCGUUACCACAGCCCGGCUCCUAACUGGCUUCUUAUUCUCUGGUUGAAAUAUUACUUCCUUCAAAGAGUUUUCCUGAGAAGCUUGCUCUCCCUGGUGGUUUCUCAGCAGAUUUCUUGUAUGAGCACCAGGAGGGGAGAAACCCGUGUCUGCCCUCUUCCCUGAAUGAGUGAACUGGAGUGGAUACACGGCUGAGGGACUGUGACUGUGAGCAGGUGUGAGGCUCUCUCCAGGCAGCAUUUCUCACCCACUCUUCCACCACAGCGCCUCCCUCCACCUCCCCCCAGUGCCUGGCUGCCAUGUCUGGCCCCAGAAACUGGGAGGCUCCAUCUCACCUCCCUCCAUUCACACCCCAGUCAUCUCAGCCACCUACCCACGCAGCACCUCCUCCCAGCCACGCCCUUUGCCACCCCUCCCUGGGUGGCUCUGGUGACUUAGCCAGCUCCCUCGCCACCCCAGACUCAGUUCCAUGCCAUGGGGAGUCUGAAACCAUGGGCCAGAUACCUGCUCCUGGUUGUGGCCCACCUGCUGGCCCUGAGCCUUGGGGCUGUGGUGCUUCAGGCCUUGGAGGGCCCCCCAGCACUCCAGCUCCAGGCCCAGCUCCAGGCUGAGCUGUCUACCUUCCAGGCAGAGCACAGGGCCUGCUUGCCACCUGAGGCACUGGCGGAGCUGCUAGGUGCCGUCCUGAGAGCACAGGCCCACGGAGUCUCCAGCCUGGGCAACGACUCAGAGGCAAGCAACUGGGAUCUGCCCUCAGCUCUGCUGUUCACUGCCAGCAUCCUCACCACCACCGGUUAUGGCCACAUGGCCCCACUGUCCGCGGGUGGAAAGGCCUUCUGCGUGGUCUAUGCAGCCCUCGGGCUACCAGCCUCUCUAGCACUUGUGGCUGCCCUGCGCCACUGCCUGCUGCCUGUGCUCAAUCGCCCGGGUGCCUGGGUAGCUGUUCGCUGGCGGUUGGCGCCAGCCCAGGCCGCCCUGCUCCAGGCAGCAGGACUGGGCCUCCUGGUGGUCUGUGUGUUUGUGCUUCUGCCAGCGCUGGUGCUGUGGGCUAUCCAGGGUGACUGCGGCCUGUUGGAAGCCGUCUACUUCUGUUUCGGCUCACUCAGCACUAUCGGCCUAGGGGACUUGCUGCCUGGCCGUGGACGUGGCCUGCAUCCAGCCCUUUACCAUCUCGGACAGUUUGCCCUUCUUGGUUAUUUGCUCCUGGGGCUCCUGGCCAUGCUGUUAGCGGUAGAGACCUUCUCAGAGCUGCCACAGGUCCGUGCCAUGGUAACAUUCUUUGGGCCCACUGGCCCUAGAACAGAUGAAGACCAAGAUGGCAUCCUAGGCCAGGAUGAGCUCGCUCUGAGCACCACGCCUCCUGACCCCCCAGCAUUGGAGCAAACCAUUCCAGCAUCAGAACAGACCCCGGCUUGCUAACACAAAUCGGGGGACAGGGCUCCAGCUCCUUACGGUGGAGGACCUUGAGCAGGAGUCCCUGAGGGGUGCUCGGGGAGCACAGCAGGAAGGGGUUGUGGGUACCAGGAUGUCAGGGGAUAAUGUUAAUUUAAAUAAUUAAAUGGGCUGCUUAACACCCAC